UUUUAUUCCAAUAUGCCGCGCGAGAUCAUCACGCUCCAAGUGGGGCAAUGCGGGAACCAAAUUGGGUCCGAGUUCUGGAAGCAGCUGUGCGUGGAGCAUGGUAUCUCACCCGAUGGCAUCGUGCAGGACUACGCCACCCAGGGGAACGACCGGAAGGACGUGUUCUUCUACCAAGCCGACGACGAACACUACAUUCCUCGCGCGCUGCUCAUGGACUUGGAACCCCGCGUGAUCAAUUCCAUCAUGAACUCGAGCUACCGGAAUCUAUACAACCCCGAGAACACAUUCAUCGCCAAAGAUGGCGGGGGUGCCGGGAACAACUGGGCCUCUGGGUACAACCAAGGCGAACAACAUCACGACUUGCUCAUGGAAAUGAUCGACCGCGAAGCCGACGGCAGCGACAGCUUGGAAGGGUUCGUGCUGUGCCAUUCGAUCGCCGGCGGGACUGGCUCCGGCAUGGGGUCGUACCUUCUCGAGAACUUGAACGACCACUUCCCCAAGAAACUCAUCCAAACGUACUCGGUGUUUCCGAAUCAAGACGACUUUCAAAGCGAUGUCGUUGUGCAACCGUACAACUCCCUCUUGACCCUUAAGCGCCUCGUCCUCAACAGCGAUUGCGUUGUCGUGCUCGAUAACACUGCGCUCAACCGCAUCGCCGUUGACCGCCUUCGCAUCGACAACCCCACCGUGUCCCAGCUCAAUUCGCUCGUGUCGACGGUCAUGGCGGCCUCCACGACCACACUACGGUACCCUGGAUACAUGAACAACGAUCUCAUUGGGUUGGUCGCGUCCUUGAUCCCCACCCCUCGCUGUCACUUUCUAAUGACUGGGUACACUCCGUUGACCAUCGAUGCCCAGGUUUCUGCCGUUCGUAAAACUACCGUCUUGGAUGUCAUGCGUCGGUUGCUUCAGCCCAAAAACAUCAUGGUGUCGACAUCGACCAAGACGGGGUGCUACAUUUCGAUCUUGAACAUCAUCCAAGGCGAUGUCGACCCAACCCAAGUGCACAAAUCCCUCCAGCGUAUUCGCGAGCGCAAGUUGGUCAAGUUCAUUCCAUGGGGACCAGCCAGCAUCCAAGUUGCGCUCUCCCGCAAGUCGCCGUACGUUGAAAGCCCGCACAAAGUGAAUGGACUCAUGCUGGCCAACCACACGAGCAUCGCCAACUUGUUUCACCGGUCGGUCGUGCACUACGAUCGCCUCCGAAAGCACAACGCGUUCAUUGACCAAUACCGCAAGCAACCCAUGUUCGCAGAUGGAUUGGAGGAGUUUGACAAUGCCAGGGAAGUGGUCACGAGUAUGAUCGAAGAGUACAAGGCCAGCGAGCGCGCAGAUUACGCCACGUGGGGCCAAUCCACGCCCGCCGUGUAGGACCUCCAAGCGUCAUAAUGUGAUGCCGUUUCAUCCGUAGAAUGCCAAUUGUUGCUAUACAACUUAUUUUGUUAAAAUGACCAUAAAAUUCGUGAUUGAGGCA